UUUAUUUUUUAAAUCAUCUGUUUAUGCGUUGCUCUAAGGUGAGUGUGUAAGCUUAUUUGGCACAAAAUGUCCGUGUUAACCAAAGAAGAGCAGGAACUCAUAUGCCGCAAGCAUGAGCAAACAUUAAAGCUGCGUAACGAAUACCUAAAACAAAGUUCAAACCCCUUCCGCCACGCAACAGGCGAGGGAGGCACAGUGUUUGAUGCUGGUCUUGCACGCUUUCAAGCUAUGCGUGUGUCCAAUUAUGAGCAUUUUAAGCCCACUGGACGUUCAUUCCGUUCCGGCCUCUUUGCAGUUGUGCUACCAAUCGUCGUGUAUGCAUGGGCGCUGAAGUCCGAGCGUGAUAGUCGCGAACAAAAAUACCGCACUGGGCAAGUGGCCUACAAGGAUCGUCAGUUUAAAUUCAUUUAGAUUAUUAAAUUUGAUUGAACGAACUAAGAUAAAUUAAAAGAACGCGUUUAAAAAUAA